AUGGCAGAAUCGACAUCUCCAUCUAUAUCCCGAGCUCCACAUAGACUUGAAUAUGCAUCAAGUAUUAGUACAACAUUAACAUCACCAGCAGAUAUAUCAACAUAUCAUUCAAGUUUUGAUUUUAUAAGCGAACCGCGUGAUUGUGAUACAUUAAUAACUAUGAAUCAAGAUGCUGACCGCACACAUCAUAGUAUAUUAGAACGAAAUUUUCGUCAAUUAGAUAUCAAUACUAAUUCAAAUCCAAUGAAAAGAAAGCCAAAGAAGCUAGAUCGAACUGAAUCUAUAUCAUUACCAACAACACCUACGGAAGAACUUUGUUCAUCCUACGAACACAAAUAUAAUCAAUUAUUAUCGCUAAAAACUAAAAUCAAUAGUGACGAUGAACAAGCAUAUUUUUUUAGUUCUUCAACCGAUUAUAUGACUGCUAUGCCUGAACACGACCCUCAACAACUAAUAACAGAUGAACCAAUAUUAAAUUCAACAAGUGUUCCACAAUCAACUGAUUCUCCAUUAUUAACUAAUUUAACGGAAACAAAUAUUUCUAUUACAUAUGGCAUCGAUUGGAGUGAACGUGCAUGUCCAACAUCUCAUUGUUGGUUUCCGUAUAAAUUAAAUGAUCUUUCAUCAUCUCAGCCGUGUUCACUUGUUUCCUGUAAAGAUUCGAAAUCAAAUAAUCUAUCAGAAUUUGUUCAAUGUGAAUCAUGUUUACUUAUUGUACAUACACAUCAUCUUAUUGAUUCACCAAUGAUAAUAUCAAAUAUAAUUCCAGCAUGUCGACCAUCAUUUUCUGAAAGUAUCACUGCUAAUGAAAUGAUUAAUCAAAAUAAGUUCGAUCGACAUUAUUGGUUACAUAUACCAGUACUUACAAAGCCUUGUGUUCUAUGUAAAAGAAAGUCAAUGUCAAGUUCAUUAUUUGGUAGUGGUCGACCUUCAACAAUGCCGUCAUUAGACGCAAUGACGAAAAGUCCAACAUAUAGAAGUCCUCUACCUGAUAGUUCAAGCCCAAAACUAUGUGGAGCAUCGAGUGGAUUUCAAUGUUUGUGGUGCUCACGUAGUUAUCAUCGACGGUGCUGGGAUCAAAUUACUAAACAAGAUGAAUAUAAUAAGUGUGAUUAUGGAAUAUUGAGAAAUAUAAUCGUACGGCCACAAUGGUUACGUCGUAUACCUGGUCCUGCGCCUCAUUUUCGUGCUCAAUAUCGUUUUCAUACUGCAAACGAUUCUACAACAUCCAUUGACAAUUAUACGCCAUUACUUCUAUUCAUCAAUAAACGUUCUGGUGGUCAAAGCGGUGAAAAAAUCUAUCGUAAAUUAUUACAUCUGCUUAAUCCGCGUCAAGUAUUUUUACUUGAAAAUGAUGCAACUAUACUCCAUGCAUUAGAAAUCUAUUCCUCAUUAUCAAAUAUUCGUAUAUGUGUUUUUGGUGGUGAUGGUACAGUUGGCUGGAUUCUUGGUUGCCUAGCUGAACUAUAUCCGCCAUUAAAUAAUCCACCUGUAAGUAUAUGUCCAUUAGGCACAGGAAAUGAUUUAUCAAGAAUAUUACUAUGGGGUGAACAAUACGAUCCAAAACGUUUAUUAUCAAUAUUAACUCAAAUACCCCGUGCACAAUCUAUAGCACUCGAUCGUUGGCAAGUUUCAAUCGAACAAGUGAACAUAGCAAGUCAAGAUGAUUUAUUAGCUAGUCGAUCAUUUCUAUCUUUAAUAAAUCACCCAAAAUUUGUUCGUGAUAGAAAUCGUGCUUCAUAUCAAAAUAAUCGAACAUUACCAAAUACACGAUUCAUUAAUUAUAUGAGUUUUGGUCUAGAUGCAGCUAUAGCAUUAGAAUUUCAUGAUAGACGUAAACGUGAUCCAAAUAAGUUUUCAUCGCCAUUAAAAAAUAAAUUAAUGUAUUUAAAUGAAAGUCGAAAAUAUUUAAAUGAUUUUGCACGUUCAAAACUGUGGAAUUUAAGUUCAUAUAUACGUUUGGUAUGUGAUGGAGACGAUUUAACAGAUUCCAUACGCAAUUGUCAUACAUUACUUGUGUUAAAUAUUCCUGGUUACGCAUCAGGCACUAAUCCAUGGGGUAAAACGUCAAAUAAUGCGUCAACAUCUUCUCAGACAAUUAUUAUACAAAAAGAUUAUGAUUCAUAUCAAGAAAUUUCAACGAGUUCAAUUGAAAUUAUUGAUUUACCAGCAAAUACACAUGAAGUCUAUGAGCUUGUCACAUUAAAUGAUUGUCCAAGCGAUCAAAUCAAUUUACCAACAAUCACAACAGUACCAAAUUCCAAUGGGCGUUUCGAUCGGCAAGAUAUUGAUGACAAAAAAAUUGAAGUUGUUGGUUUAAGUACUACGCAUAUGGCUACAAUACAUAUGGGCUUUCGUGGCAUUCGUAUUGCACAAUGCAGUAAUUUACGCAUUGAAAUAUGUUGUCCAAUGACAGCUCAAAUGGAUGGUGAACCAUUUUAUUUACCAGAGUCAGUUGCUGUGAAUAUUACACAUGCAGGUCAAGUAUUAGUUUUGAAGAAUGAAAGCAGAUAA